AUGAACAGACAAGCCUCCUCGCCACUGCCGGAUGACCCAAGUCCAGCCGGACCCACAACAGCCACGCAGCCAACGGAAGCGCACAAUCUGCUUCAACACGACCCGGAAUACUGGCUGGAGGACGGUAACUUGACGAUCAUCGCUAGCAACGUCGAGUUUCACAUCUACAAGGGACCAUUAGUAACCAAUUCGCCCGUCUUCAAGGACAUGCUCUCCUUACCUCAACCGGACGGCACAUCAGGCUCGCAGUGCAUAUGUGGGACAAAGCCUGCUGUCGUACAUGUGUCUGACUCACCAGAAGACCUUAGGCACAUAUUCCGCGCCCUGCUCCCUGGGAAGACGCCACGGUACGCUCAACCUAACGACUUGUCCUUCGACGCAGUAUCUGCGUGCGUCAGGCUUGGGCACAAGUACGAGAUCGAUGAGAUCGUGCAGCGCAGCCUCGAUUACCUGAAGAAGUUCUUUGUUGAGAGCUUCGAAACGUGGGCACGAGUCGAUCCUCCCCGUCCACCCGCCUUCGAGGCUAACCAUUCGAUCGGUGUGGUGAACAUCGCCCGCAUGACAAGCACUGAUGUCCUCCUUCCCACCGCACUGAUGGGGUGCUGCAUGCUCAACUCGACCGAGCUCGUGAACGGCUUCACGCGCGAGGACGGCACCCAGGAGAAGCUCUCCGCAGAGGACAUCGGACGGUGUUUCUUGGGGCGGGCGAACCUGAUGUAGGCGAACACCCUGGCUACCCUUGGCGUAUUCGAACAGACGCUUUCCGAGGGCUGCACGCGGCGAGACGUCUGCGGGCCGGUGUUCCUGAAGCUACUUGACGAGCUGAGGAAUCAUGAGCGGGUGGUGUGCACACUGGACUGGUUCAAGUACUGGUCAGACUACAUCGAUGGGAGAGACGACGACCGGAGGAUAUGCGCACGAUGUUAUAAGAUGCUACAGGAGAGGGAGAAGGAGCAGCAUCGCGGAAUAUGGAAGAGGCUGCCAGAGUUGAUGGGCGUCGUGGUCGAGGGGUGGGCUGC